GGCACAGUCCUGUAUAAAUCGCGCACCUACACGAGUGUUUUUUUUUUUUUUAUUAAAAUCAUGGCUAACACAUCUUAUUAAUCCGUGUCAGUGACUGAUAUCAGGAGACAGUCAUUUUAUCUGCAAGAUUUUUGGAUGACAUUGGCAAAAAAGUAAAACAGUUUUAUAUCAAUAUGGAUGAUUGCUGUGGUGAUAUGUCAGAUUAUGAGAUCCUGGCAGAAAUUGGACAGGGCGCAUAUGGGAAGGUGUACAAGGCCCGAGAGAAGCGUGACCGGCAGCGUCUCGUGGCGGUGAAGAGACUCAACAUCUCUGAGGAUCCGGACACUGGCAUCCCUCAGUUCAUGAUACGAGAAGUGGCACUCCUGCGGAAAUUAGAGCAUUUCAACCACCCAAACAUAGUCAAGUUGCUGAAUGUCUCGGCCGGAUGGCAAAACCAAAUCUUUGACCUGACGUUGGUUUUCGAGUGUAUCGAUCAGGAUCUGUCCACAUUUCUAAGCAAAGCUUCAGAGGAAGGCCUGGCCAGGGACACAAUCAAGGACGUUAUGCGUCAGCUGCUCAGUGGACUUGACUUUCUUCACACUAACACUGUCAUUCACCGGGACCUGAAGCCAGAAAAUGUCCUGGUGAGCAGUCGAGGGGAGAUCAAGAUUGCCGAUUUUGGUCUGUCCAGGAUCUAUACGUACCAUAUCGCCCUUACCCCUUGUGUUGUUACUCUGUGGUACAGGGCUCCGGAGGUCCUGCUUCACUCGAGUUAUAUGUCUUCAGUGGAUAUGUGGAGUGCUGGUUGUAUCUUCGCCGAGCUCUUUUUGCUAAGGCCUUUGUUUUGUGGAUACACAGAGAUCCAACAGCUGCAAAAGAUCUUUGAGGUUAUCGGUGUGCCCGGUGAGGAGGAUUGGCCUAUGGAAAGUGCUGUCUGCUACAGUCCUGUUUGGGCUGAGAAAAAACCUACAACACAGAUUCUCCCCAGCCUUUCCCAUGAAGAGAAUGACUUACUGUCUCAAUGUUUGACAUUCAGUCCAGCUCAUCGCAUCUCUGCCUACAGUGCGUUGGCCCACCCUUACCUGGCAGACCACUAAUGCCAGCACAGAUGGAUACAGGGGUGGGCCUUACCUACCCAGUCAGGCUGUGAAGAUGAAACUACGGAUUUUUCUAAUCUUACAGAAUAAUUGCCAAAAAUAUGCUGCACUCCUAACAUUAAUGAAAUUGUUUGAUUAACUUUUUCUAUGGAUGAUAUCAAGACUUAAGGGGAUCUUUUAUAUGCCGUUUCAACUUUAGACAACUUUAUAAUAAUGAAAUUAUAGAGCGUAGUUGGUUGAUUCAUUUCAACCGGUAAGUUCAAUGACAUCCGAUUUUUAUGUGUUGUUUUAGAGUUCUUAUUGUAAGUUAACUUUUACUGUAAUGAAGUUUUUUCUGUCAUGUCAGAAGUGUUUGUUUUUAAAGCCAUUUAAUGUUUUGAGUUCUGAGAAAAGUGUUUUGUUUUUUUGUUUUGUGUUUCUCUUAUAAACAGCAGUCUUGUGCCUAUUUGUUUUUAAAUGGACAGAAACGCUGUUAUGACAAUGACCUUUUAAACUAACUCAUUUAUAUAUAAUUAAAAAAAGUUUGUUCAGUUUCAACAUGUAAUUUGUUGCAUGUUUAAUAAUAGCAUA